GCCCUGGAGCCAGUGGACACAGCACUCAGCUUUCACCUCUCCUUUCUGCAGCCUAAGCUCCCAAGGGUCACCACCUCCUCGCAAGCAGCCAUGGUGAACUGGACCGCAGAAGAGAAACACGCCAUUUCAACCAUCUGGGCCAAAGUUGAUAUAGAGAAAUUGGGGGCCCACACUCUUAGCAGGUUGUUGGUCGUCUACCCCUGGACCCAGAGGUACUUCAGCAACUUUGGGAACCUGUCCAGCCCCAUUGCCAUUGACGGGAACCCCCGCGUCAGGGCGCAUGGCAAGAAGGUGCUGACUUCUUUUGGAGAGGCUGUGAAGAACCUGGACAAUGUGAAGACCAUCUUUGACAAUCUGAGCCACCUCCACUCCGAGAAGCUGCACGUUGACCCCCAGAACUUCAAGCUCCUCGGAGACAACCUGAUCAUCGAACUGGCAACGGCCUUGGGCAAGGACUUUACUCCUGAGGCCCAGGCUGCCUGGCAGAAGCUGGUGGGAGUGGUGGCCUCUGCCCUGAGCAGACAGUACCACUGAGCACUCAACUCCAGACGAGCGCCUUGAGUGGGGGCACAUUCUACCUCAUUAAUAGUGAAUACAGUUAAAGCAAUAAAGUUGAACGAUUUGACAAA